CACAGAGUCAGAGGGACACCGGACAGAACGAGACCACAAACAGGAUCAGAACCAGGACCAGGACUACAAACAGGAUCAGAAGCAGGACCAGGACUACAAACAGGAUCAGAAGCAGGACCAGGACUACAAACAGGAUCAGAACCAGGACCAGGACUACAAACAGGAUCAGAACCAGGACCAGGACUACAAACAGGAUCAGAACCAGGACCAGGACUACAGACAGGAUCAAAACCAGGACCAGGACUACAGACAGGAUCAAAACCAGGACUACGAGCAGAAACUGAAUGACCAGAGAUGGACGGCUGAUGAUGGCCGCCGUGCUUCCUGAAGGAGGAGAAGAAGAAGCUUCCAGACUCCAUGUUGGUCGCCAUGGCGUCGCUGGACGGAGAAACGCCGGCUGAGACGCUUCUAACAGCGAUCCACCUGGAGAGGUACCUGGAUACCUUCCGCCGAGCCGGUCUCCUAUUGGCUAGCGACUUCACACACCUGGACAGCGAUGCUCUGGUCAGCCUGGGCGUGACCGCCACCGGACACCGGAAGAGAAUCCUGCGACUGGCCACUCACAUUCAGAGGACUGAGAAUCAAAGAGCCAAUCAGAGAGCUGCCCUCCCGCGCUGUCAGUCAGUGACGGGCCGACCGUCCGUUGGGAACUUCGAGGCGUUCAGGAACAGUUCAGCUCCUGACCUCGGCGACUUGCUGACCAACUGUGAGGGCAGCAGGCCCGCGCUGAAGCCGGUUCCCAAACCCAGGACCGUCUUUAACCGACGCCGCACAGCCCCCAUCAGAUUCUGUCCGGUAGCAGACCCGACCCCGUCCCCCCCCAGGAGGCUCUCCCAGGAGUCUAUCUGUUUCACCCUGUCGGAGGGCCGGACCCCCGAAGAGGUGCCUGGUGACCGGCCGAGCCGGAGGAGGAGGCCCAGUCGCAGCCGGUCUCUGUCGGACACUGGGGGGUCGUUACCUCCCGUUCCCCCCAGGCUGAACCGUGGGACCCCCCCCGUGAUCCAGGGAUCCCCGCCCUCUUCCUCACCUGUCCGGAUGGAGCAGACUUCCUAUCCUGGAAGUCUGGACAGCAGCAGAUCCGGAUCCUCGCCCUGCGGGUCGCCCCGAGGAGGCAUGAUGGAGAUGGUCUCUAAUGAGAUCUACUGGGGGGCUUCGCCUGGAUCUACUGCCCCCGGAGGAGGGAGGGGUUACUGCAGCGAGCAGUCAGUCCCCCCCACGCCUCCCAGACUGACACCAGACAGGAAGACUGAGAGGAACAGUGGCAGCACGCUGAGUAACAACUCGUCAGGAUCCGCCCGAGCUUCAACAGACGACCCGGAGGAGGAGAUCAGCCCGUACUGUGAGACGGUUUUCCACAGCAGGAGAAGCGAGGGGGAAAGAGACAUGAAGAGGGAGGACCGGCAUGCAGAGGAACAUGGCAGUCAGAAGCUGUCCUGGACGAAGCGUCUGUCCCUGGCUCUUCACUCCGGAGACGCUCAGGGUUACAGCACAGUCGGAGAACCUCCACCCCCCCUGCGCUACCUGUCACUGCCCCCCCACAGCCUCCCUUCAGAGCCGGAGGACGACCUCACCAUCUCCCCCUAUGCCAGCUACACCUCCUUCACCGAGAGAGCCCCCCCCAUCAUCAGCGGCUGGCUGGACAAGCUGUCUCCUCAGGGGAACUAUGUCUUCCAGAAGCGCUACGUGAAGUUUGAUGGCAAAAACCUGAUGUACUUUGGCAGUGAGAAGGACGUUUACCCAAAAGGAGUCAUCCCAUUGGCUGCCAUUCAGAUUGCCCGCCCAACCAAAGACCACAAAUUUGAAAUUGUGACCAGUCAUCGAAUUUUUGUUUUCAGAACCGACAAUGAAGUGCUGCGGCGGCGCUGGCUGCUCACGCUGCAGGAACACGUCAGGGAUCAGAUGGUUUUCGGCCAGCGGAGUUUCGGCCCCGGAGCGCAGUGUCAGAAACACGGGGCCCUUGAGCUGAAGGGCCACAAGAACAGAGUGUUCGCCGCCAUCAACACCGAGCAGAUCUGGAUCUACAAGAGCGAACAGUGUUUUCACAACGGGAUCGGUAUCACGGUGAUUGAAGCUCGAGGAGCGACAAUCAGAGACGGAAAACACAAGAGCUUCGAACUCAUCACGCCGUACAAAACCUUCAGCUUCACGGCGGAGUCGGAGCGAGAGAAGCGAGGCUGGAUGGAGGCGCUUCAGGACGCCAUCGCUGAGACGCUGUCGGACUACGAGGUGGCAGAGAAGAUCUGGUCCAACCGCUCCAACAGGAUGUGUGCCGACUGCCGAGCCCUGAACCCGGACUGGGCCUCCAUCAACCUAAGCGUCGUCAUCUGCAAGAACUGCGCCGGGCAGCACAGAGGUCUGGGGACGAUGGUGUCGAAGGUUCAGAGUCUCAAGCUCGACACGAGCGUGUGGAGCAAUGAGAUUGUCCAGCUGUUCAUCAUGCUCGGUAACGACCGUGCUAAUGAUUUCUGGGCGGCCCGCCUGCCUGUGGGUGAGGAGCUGGACUGCGACGCCCCCCCCGACCAGAGAAGGGAGUUCAUCAUUCAGAAGUACAGAGAGGGGAGAUACCGCCUCCCCCACCCAUUCUUCAGCAGCCAAGAGGAGCUGCUCAAGGUCCUGUGCUCGGCGGUCUCUGAACAGACUCUACUGAAAACUGUAACUCGUAUUUUCUCGGAGGCCGAGGUCGCUCGCGUCGCCAACGACAACGAGGACCAACGACAUCAUCCACUGCUCGACCCCCGCCCCCAACCAGACCCCAGUGUAUACGAUGAGAUCAUGCAGCCCGUCCUUCACUCUGGAUUCCUUUACAAGUCUGUCCACAGGGGGACGCUGUCCCGCAAAACCAGAGACGACUUCCAGAAGUUCUGGUGCUCGGUGGGGGAGUCGGUGCUGCUGUACGAGUCGGACCGGUCCUCCGAGGCGUGCCUGCAGAUCAGUGUGAAAGACAUUGUGUGUCUGGGCGUCAGUCGCCCCGAGACCCAAAACAACGGCUUCAUUGACAGGUUCAGGUUCACCUUCGAGAUGUACCUGUCCUCAGAGAAACUCCUUCAGUUCGGCUUGGAGACGGCCGACGCUCUGCACAGCUGGACCAGAUCCAUCGGGAAGGCUUUGUCCCCCCUGAGCGUCCACUGUCUUUUGUCCCGGGAGUUUGAGCGGGUCGGGGUCCUGCGCUACCGGAAUAUGCUGGAUGCUCAGCAGUGGAGAGACGCCUUCUUCGUCCUGCAGAAGACAAACCUCUUCAUCUGUCCCCGAAGAGACGGAGCAGCAGAGGACAUCAUCAACCUCAAGCGCCUGCAGGAGCUCAGUAUCGCCUCGGAGACGGAGAACCAGGAGAAGAAGGACAUCCUGGUUCUGGUGGAGAAGGGGAGGACGCUGCACCUGCAGGGCGUCGGCCGCUCAGACUUCGCUCUCUGGUUCUCGGACAUCCAGCGAGCGGCGGGCGGGGAAGGCAACGCGCUGAGGGAGCAGCAGCUGAGCAGAAACGACAUCCCCAUCAUCGUGGACAGCUGCCUGGCCUUCAUCACGCAGUACGGACUGGGCCACGAGGGGAUCUACCGGAAGAAUGGGUCCAAGACCAGAAUCAAACUCCUGAUGGACGAGUUCCGGAAAGACGCCCGAAACGUGAAGCUGCGCAUCGGAGACCACUUCAUCGAGGACGUGACGGACGUCCUGAAGAGGUUCUUCAGGGAGGUGGACGACCCCGUCUUCAUGGCCGACCUCCACCCACUGUGGCAGGACGCCGCCAAAAUCCCCCAGAAGAGAGCGAGGCUUGACCGCUACAAGGAGAUCAUCCGGACCCUCCCCCGCGUCAACAGGACCACCCUGGCUGCGCUCAUCAGUCACCUGUACAGGGUCCAGAAGUGUGCCGAUCUGAACCAGAUGUGUACCAAGAACCUGUCGCUGCUGUUCGCCCCAAGCCUGUUCCAGACCCACGGGAAGGGAGAGCACGAGGUGAAGAUCGUGGAGGAUCUGAUUGAUAACUACCUGCACGUCUUUGAUAUCGACGAGGAGCACCAGACGCAGAUCGAGCUGGAGGUCAGCCUCAUCACCACCUGGAAGGACACGCAGCUGUCUCAGGCCGGAGAUCUGAUCAUCGAAGUUUACCUGGAGAGGAAGAACCCCGACUGCUGCAUCACUCUCAAGGUUUCACCCAGCAUGAGUGCUGAGGAGCUGACCAAUCAGGUGCUGUUCAUGAGGAACGUCCCUCCUGCAGAGAGAGACGUCUGGAUGACCUUCGAGGUGCUGGAGGAUGGACAGCUGGAGCGGCCUCUGCUCCCCAGACAGAAGGUUCUGGAAGAAGCUCUGCAGUGGUGCAAGAUGGCCGACCCGAGCUCAGCACACCUGGUGGUGAAGAGAGUUCCUAAAGCAGACAUCCUCACCUCCUAUCACAGUGACAUCAUGAAGGUGGGUCUGCUGAGAUGUCGUGAGGAACCUCCGAAGCUCCUGCAGGGGAACAAGUUCCAGGAGAGAACCUUCCAGAUCAGGGAGAACAAACUACUGCUGCUCAAAGACAAGAAGAGCAUCAAACCAGAGAAGGAAUGGUCUCUGAAGAACAUGAAGAUCUACAUCGGCAUCCGCAGGAAACUGAAGGCCCCAAGCAGGUGGGGGUUCACCGUGAUGUCGGACAAACACCAGCUCUUCCUGUGUUGUAGCUGCGAGGCUGAACUCUGGGACUGGAUCAGCAGCUUCCUCAAAGCUCAGAACGAUGACUCGCCCCCCCCGGUGCUGAGGCGUCACUCCUCCUCAGAUAUCUCGCGGCAGAAGUUCGGCACGAUGCCGCUCGUCCCGAUCCGAGGAGACGAGAGCAACAGCAGCAUGCUGUCGGCCAAUCAGACGCUGAGGAAGCUCCACGACAGACGGACACUCUCCAUGUACUUUCCCAUGAAGGUGCAGCAGGAUGCGUUCGAGGAGCGUCCGGAGACCCCGCCACUCCCCGAGCCGCUGUACGAGGAGGUGGGGGACUUUGGCCUGCAGGUUCUCCAGUCUCUGCAGACCAGCUUCCUGUCGGGGGGGUCUGCCGAGACGCAUGAGGUUCCUGACCCCCCCCCCCUCGCUCAGACUGCUUUGUGGACCCCCCCCCCUGAGGACCUGUGCUCUGAGGACCCCCGGCAGGGCGGCGGCUGCACCCCGUCUCAGGAGCUGCUGCUGCAGGAGCUGUCCUCCGCCUUCAGCAAGAAGUCCAGGGAGGAGGAGGAGGAGGAGGAGGAGGUGGAGGAGGAAGAGGAGGAGGAGGAGAAGGAGAGGCCGUGUAAUGUCUGAGGGCGAGCUUCACAGUUCAGACGGUUACUCAUUGACACCGGACACCUGUUUAUGCUUAAAGAGGUGAAGAAGAGGACUCUGAACUCUCGGGACCUUUAAAUGAUUCCCUGAAUAUUUAGAGGAAAUACUUUGAGAUGGAAGUCGUACGUUUAUGAUCAAAAUAUCCAGAUGGAUUCUCUGAGAUAUUGAAGCGUUGUGGUCCAUCAGUAACUCCUCCUCAGCAGAGGUUCAGAGUAACGCCUGAUUUGUGUGAGGCUAACAUCAGCUCAGAGCUCCUUUAAUCCCAGAGAACAUCCCAACAUUUGCAUAGGUGUACAAAUGAAUUCUCAGAAACACAGAAAGAAUAUAUUCCCUCUGAAAUGUUGAUCUCCUCUGAAUAAAAUACCUUUUAUUGUAUAA